AUGAUUCUGCAGCAACUUUUAUUUACAGCAGCCUUUCUCUUUGCUCUCAACCUCACCGAAGCGGGAGACCCUGCCAGUUGCUUCUCCCGGUGCGACCCGAGCUCUUGUCCAAGCCCCAUAUGUGCCGCCGGAUACGUUCUCGACCGAUGCAACUGCUGCACGGUGUGCGCACCUGGAGGGGGCGAGGGCGACCCCUGCAGCAGCAACCUGCCCGCCGUGCCCUGCAAGGACGGCAUGGUUUGUGCGCGACGAGGCUCCAAGGGGGUCUGCCGCUGUAAAGUAGGACAUUUGGUGUGUGGAAGCGACGGGAAAACUUAUGGAAAUGUUUGCAAGAUGAGAGCAGCCAACCGCAAUAGGGAGGGGAAACCCGCAGUUCAACCGGUGCAUGAAGGACCAUGUGCGCUUCCAAGUGCAGGUACCAGCAGCCCCCGCUACAAGUUCAACUUCAUUGCCAAUGCCGUGGAGCAAAUAGCACCAGCUGUUGUCCAUAUUGAGUUGCGCUUAAGACAUCCCCUCUUUGGCCACUCCAUGCAUCUUUCCAGUGGCUCCGGUUUCAUUGUGACCCCGUCCGGCUUGAUUAUAACCAACGCUCAUGUGAUAACCACCAGCGUCAUGGUGAUGGGGCAGCUCCAGCUGCAUGUUGAGCUUCAUGACGGCAGCGUGUACGAGGCUUCGGUCAGAGAGGUAGACAGGAAGUCUGACAUUGCCACCAUCAAGGUCAACCCUCAGAAGAAGCUCCCUGUUCUGCCUCUGGGCCGUUCAUCUGAUCUCAGACCAGGCGAGUUUGUGGUGGCCAUUGGUAGCCCCUUUGCCCUGCAAAAUACAGUCACCACUGGCAUUGUCAGCACAGCACAGAGAGAUGGCAAGGAACUGGGCAUCCACGACUCUGACAUGGAGUACAUCCAGACUGACGCCAUCAUUAAUUAUGGAAAUUCUGGAGGGCCCCUUGUUAACUUGGAUGGUGAGGUGAUAGGGAUCAACACUUUGAAAGUGACAGCAGGCAUCUCCUUCGCCAUACCCUCGGACAAAAUCAGACAUUUUCUUGCGGAGUCACAGAUUAAACAUUCCUAUGAAUUGGAGGCAAAUUCAGUGGAGAGCCAAGAUACGCUACAUCUUCAAAUGGGUUAACAGAGAUGGGCAGAGUCAGAAGCAGGUGAGAUUUUCAGGGCCUGAAACUGCUAUUCAGUCCUUAAGUAUUUACUAAUAACUGUCUUGUGUUCUCAGGGGUUCUUGGGGGGAAGAGACGUUUACUGGGCAUUAACGUGCUCACAAUUACCUAAGUGUAAAGAUACUGAAAAACAGUACAGCUACAUUGGACUAUACUGGAGGCUGUUUUUUUUUACUUGGCAUUUCAUGGGCAACACAACAAAAAAAUGGAAUUUUAUACGUACUUUCUAGUUGGUGGAAUUCGCUGUGUGUUUGCUUGCUGCAGUCUAACAGCAGCACGGGAAUAUCACAAGUUGGAUUUUCGUGACGUCGCCAGAUGUGUCAUACGCAAUCAGAAAAAUAUGUUCACACACAGAUACCAAAGCACAGACACAUCACAGAUGGAACAAAUCUUGCUGAGCAGGAUUAGAAAUGUUUGUUAAUUCAAUUACUUGAGUCACGUCACAUUGUAUUGUAUGAACUUGUAAGUGUAUUUUAAGAUAAUCGGGUCUUUGUCUUUUGGGCCACGAGUUGUACUGAAUGUUUUAUUUACUGUAAAUUUCAAUGGACAAAACAUGUAGGACACCUAUGAGUGCUGGUUAAGUGCAGUGCAUGCAUCCUCUAGUGUAUGAUGUCAGGUUUAAAUAAUGUAUAUAACAAUUAAAAAAAAAAGAUGUAUAUUUUUUGCAGUGCUUGCUUUGUUUUGAAUACAUCUUCCAAAGCAUAAUCUAUCGUUUACAUGGAAAUGCAACCACAGUGGCGCACCACCUAUAAAUAGCAGUGUGCCCUUUUGUUUAGCCAAUUAUUCAAUUUAAUUUAAAUGGGGGGGUUUGCAAAAUUUCAUCUCAGUGUUGUCACGGGCCACAUAAAGUGAUGUCGGGGGCCAGAUUUGGCCCCCAGGCCUUGAUUUUGACAUUUGUGACAUAGACACU